CUGGCAAUAAUCCUGUACCGCACGUUCCGUCCUCCCCACCAGUCGAUCAGGUAAAUCCUAUAAAUGCUCUUGGUUACCUGUAGACGAAGAAGUCACCUUUCGUGGCGCUCUCUUGAGCGAAGCAUGUAUUCGUUUUGAAGUGUCCCUUUUUUUAAUCUUCCUCGGUGAUUAGCACGGCGAUAAAAUCAUGUGGAAGCUACUUUGGGUGGCCAUUUUCGUGGCCGUGCUUACCACCCAUGAUGCAGAUGCAAAUCAUGAGAGAAGGAAACGUGCGAUAGAGUAUAACCCAAAUAAAUAUCAGAAUUUUCUGCCACCUUCAACACCAAGAAACAUAGGGAAUCAACCAUACACGUUCACGGGAUAUACUUCGGAUCCAGAAUUUGAAGGAUAUUUUUAUAGAAAGCCAAAUGUUACAAUAUCGACUACAACAUCAACGAAAAGGCCGGACAUAUAUAUUUCUACAACCUCGGGUAUUAAAACAUCAACUACAACAGAAGAACCGUACACAUAUAGUUCUGCAGUCCCGGAUUUUACGACUACAACAAAAAAACCGGAUGGAUAUAUUUAUAUAACUCCGGAUAUUAAAAUAUCGACCACAACUAAAAAACCAUAUAUUUAUACAACUCCGGAAAUUAAAAUAUCGACCACAACUAAAAAACCAUAUAUUUAUACAACUCCGGAAAUUAAAAUAUCGACUACAACUAAAACGCCAUAUAUUUAUACUACUCCGGAUAUUAAAAUAUCGACUACAACUAAAAAGCCAUACAUUUAUACAACAUCGGGUAUUAAAACAUCGACUACAACAGAGGAACCAGACAUAUAUAGUUCUGUAAUCCCGGAUACUACGAUUACAACUACAAAGCCAUAUGUUUAUACAAUUCCGGAUAUUAAAAUAUCAACCACAACUAAAAAACCAUAUAUUUAUACAACUCCGGAAAUUAAAAUAUCGACUACAACUAAAACGCCAUAUAUUUAUACAAUUCCGGAUAUUAAAAUAUCGACUACAACUAAAAAGCCAUACAUUUAUACAACCUCGGGUAUUAAAACAUCGACUACAACAAAAGAACCAUACAUAUAUACUUCUGCAGGCUCGGAUGCUACGAUUACAACAAGAAAACCAGAUGGCUAUGUUUAUAGAAAACCGAAUGUUACAAUAUCGACUACAACGUCAACAAAAAGGCCGGACAUAUAUACUUAUACAACUCCAGAAAUUAAAAUAAUAUCGACUACAACAAAAAAACCGAAUGGAUAUAUUUAUGUAACUCCGGAUAUUAGAAUAUCAACUACGACAUCAACAAGAAGACCACCCUACGUACCACCAGCACCCCCUCCAACUAGACCACCCUACAUACCACCAGCACCUCCUCCAACUAAACCACCCUACGUACCACCAGCACCCCCUCCAACUAGACCACCUUACGUACCACCACCACCUCCUCCAACUAGACCACCCUACGUACCACCAGUACCCCCUCCAACUAGACCACCCUACGUACCACCAGCACCCCCUCCAACUAGACCACCCUACAUACCACCGACACCUCCUCCAACUAGACCACCCUACGUACCACCAGUACCUCCUCCAACUAGACCACCCUACGUACCACCAGCACCCCCUCCAACUAGACCACCCUACGUACCACCACCACCUCCUCCAACUAGACCACCUUACGUACCACCAGCACCUCCUCCAACUAGACCACCCUACGUACCACCAGCACCCCCUCCAACUAGACCACCCUACGUACCACCACCACCUCCUCCAACUAGACCACCUUACGUACCACCAGCACCCCCUCCAACUAGGCCACCCUACGUACCACCAGCACCCCCUCCAACUAGACCACCCUACGUACCACCACCACCUCCUCCAACUAGACCACCUUACGUACCACCCUACGUGCCACCAGCACCCCCUCCAACUAGACCACCCUACGUACCACCACCAUCUCCUCCAACUAGACCACCUUACGUACCACCCUACGUACCACCAGCACCCCCUCCAACUAGACCACCCUACGUACCACCAGCACCCCCUCCAACUAGACCACCCUAUGUUCCACCAGCACCCCCUCCAACUAGACCACCCUACGUACCACCACCACCUCCUCCAACUAGACCACCUUAUGUACCACCUUAUGUACCACCAGCACCUCCUCCAACUAGACCACCCUACGUACCACCAGCACCCCCUCCAACUAGACCACCCUACGUACCACCAGCACCCCCUCCAACUAGACCACCCUAUGUUCCACCAGCACCCCCUCCAACUAAACCACCCUACGUACCACCAGCACCCCCUCCAACUAGACCACCUUACGUACCACCAGCACCCCCUCCAACUAGACCACCUUACGUACCACCACCACCUCCUCCAACUAGAAGACCACCCUACGUACCACCACCACCUCCUCCAACUAGACCACCUUACGUACCACCAGCACCUCCUCCAACUAGACCACCCUACGUACCACCAGCACCCCCUCCAACUAGACCACCCUAUGUACCACCAGCACCUCCUCCAACUAGACCACCCUACGUACCACCAGCACCCCCUCCAACUAGACCACCUUAUUAUCUGCCACCAGAAGAUGUAACUCAAUCAUCUUCAUUUAUAACAUUACCAUCUUUCCAACCACCUACCCGACCAUCUGUAAGUACAACCCGACCAUCUGUAAGUACAACCCAAUCAACUACUCGAAUACCUAUAGUCACAACACGAUCGACUACCCAGCGACCCAUUACUUCAACUCGAAUUAUUACCUCAAAAUAUACUCCGGUUACACAACCACCUUCCACUUACCUUCCACCAAGCACUACCACAAAGCCUACUACAAGAACCAUAAGUACAACAACUUUGACUACUAGAUAUAGUCCAUCAACAGAUAUUACGAAAAUUUUCACACCGAGUACUACUUCUCUAUCAACUACACCCAUUAUCAGGACUACAUCUUCUAUCAUUACUACACCAACCAUUAGAACUACCUCCACGUUCAAGACGACAACUCUGCCUCCAUACGAACGAACGUAUCUUCCACCGCCGCAACCGACAACAAUCAUUCCGACCGUUACACCGCCGCCGUAUCCUUCAGUCAAUUAUGAAACUACACUCAGAACGCCACCCCCAAAGCCAAUUAAUGGAACGAUUGCUCCACCACCUACUCUGCCGCCACCCACGCCACCCAGACCUUUUAUAGGUUAUGAAUAUCUACCGCCUAAAGGACCCGCUUUUGAAACUCGUAAACGAUGAGGGCUAAUAACGUGAAUGAUUUUAUGUUUGUUGUUGAUCAGUGAAAUCUAUGCAUUUAAAAGAAAAAUAUUAGAUGAUAAUAGUAAAAUUAGCUAAUAACAGAAUUAUAAAUUUAAUAGCUUAUUACUAUUUAAUAGUGGCAAUUUCAACCGCGGUACAUCUAGAAUAUUGUUUUUUUAUAUAUCAAUCGUUUUUGCCUCAUUGAUUUUUUUGGAUAAAGAUUUAGCCGAUCAGCGUGCGUCUUUUUAUAUAUGUGUGAUAGAUAUGGAAAAAGAAUAAAAGAUUUUA